AUGCAAAGAAUUCGAGUUCUGACCUUAUUCAAGAAGAUCUUGCGGACUGGACGCAAUUGGGAAGCGAAAAUCCCGGAGAAAACCACCGAAGAGCGGAAGUAUAUCAGAGAAGAAGCCUUCAGCAAGUUCAAAGAGAACAAAGAAGUAAGUUCUAUACUUUUUUACUAGUUAGUUUUCAAUUUAGGUGAAGGAUCCAGAAAAAAUCAAGAAUUUGAUAGAAGAAGCAGAAAAACGAUUGGAAAUAGGUAUACAUUAUCGGUUACCCUACGAAAGACCUGUGUAUUUGCAUCCUGGAGCAUCGUACGGUAUGUGUUAGUACUUUUAUUUGCUUUAAAUUUUAGGAAUUGAAUGAAUUUUGAAAUUUAUUUUCCGUGUCGACGUCAUGGAUAAUAUGGGGGGUUUUCAGAUGUCCACGUUGAGUCAAAACAGUUCAAAAUUCGUUCCGGAGCAGCAUCAAAGCUGCCUUUCGGUGGAGGAAAACGGCGGACUUGA